AUGACUAUAUCUCAGGCUGCACAGCGCAUCAUAAACGAGCAGGGGGAAAAUGCCCUCGAAGUGCUUGCACAGUUGUCGCAAGACUUCCCACGCCAUGCCAGGUCUCUGUCACGUCAAGUAGUGCUCAAGGAGGUGCGCAAGGAAAUUGAAAAUAACCAAAAGGAUCACCUUCUAGAUACAGGUAUUGUUGAAAAAUAG